AUGCGAUGGGCUCUUGUUCAGAUCGGUAUAGAUCUGGUCGUAUUCGCAACCCUUUCUACGAAUACCAACCCGAUCGGCCUGCAGUACUUCCUUGAUGCAACUGGUGCAUCCCUUACAUUGCUUGCUCACCUCUUGCGGUCUUUGGUAUCUUUUGGCUUGAUCCUCGAGACGAAGAAAGACACUUUCACUGCGAACGGCGUUUCGAACGCGCAUGCCCACCCAGAUGUCGUUGGUGCUUUCCCAUAUGUCACGCAUCUGCAUGCUUUAACCGCUCAAGCUCUGCCUCGCUACCUACGCGAUCACAAGUACCAAGAUAUGACCGACACCAAAGAUCUACCCUUCCAUCUGGCUUUGGGCACAGAUCUGCCGCCUUUCGAAUGGAUGAGGAAACACCCCGAGCAGAUGAAGGCCAUGGGCCAUGCAAUGAGAAUUGAGCCUGCAGCGGAUUCUGCACUCCUGGUUGAUGUUGGCGGUGGUUUCGGACAACAAUCAGUGGCUUUCAAGGCGCAGGUGGCAUCAACAACAAGUCGUAUCGUUGUCCAAGACGUAGCCUCAACGCUGGCUUACACCCCCAGAAUCGAUGGUAUCGAAUUUCAGGAACACGACUUCUUCACGCCUCAGACCAUCAAAGGUGCCAAAUACUACAAUCUCCGGCACAUACUGCACGACUGGACGGCUGAGGACAGCAUCCACAUUCUCCAAAACCUGAUCCCUGCUUUAUCACCUGAGUCGCGCAUCGUCAUUGACGAAGUGAUUCGGCCGGACACCCAUGUGCCUUGA